AUGGCCCCAGUGCAGGUUGAAACCGAGCCCGGGCUACUCCCCUUAGCCCUAGCUAUCUCACGAGUGACUGCCGCGGCAUAUGCCUCUUACACCGUCGGCCGCAGCCUCUACCGGUUGCACCAAGCCCUCGGCCCAGCCCAUGACACGCGCAGUCGAAAAGCCGAGCGCACCAAGCUCACCACGGCCUUUGGCAGUCUCGCAGCCCUCGGGCUAGUGUUUGCAGUCACCUCGGGGUUGGAGUAUCUGACGCUGUCUUACAAGGUGUGGGCGUCGCAGAGGGGCGUGGCUGUUCCUGAGUUGAGCAACUUUUUCGGGAAUCACACUCAGAGGGCAGAUGGUACACCCAUCGAUAGGGUCUAUCUCCAGCACUGGCUGAGUGAUGUCCCCGUGUUCACCGACGCCUUGGAAAUCAUUGCGGAAAAGUCUCGCAGGUUGUGGUGGGGACAGCAGCUGGACCUCGCGACCAUCUCGUGGACGGCCCUGUUGGCCAUCGAAGGCCGCCGGCGCGAGAUUCCACAUCUCUGGGCGUAUGCUCUGCUGCCGCAUCUUGUUAGUCUGUCCUUUGCGCAGAAUCUGUUUUAUGUAGCGUUGCUGCAAACGCCCUCGCCCAUUCCGCCCGAGGAAACAAGGAUCGACCAACUUCUACGACGUGUGCUCCCGGCCAAGCCCAGAGACUGGACUCCCAAGCUUCCACUCUUGCUCGUACCCCUGAUCUUCAGUUACCUAGCCACCUUGUGGUUACCCAGCACCACAGGCACACCAACCUUCCCAGCCGCGGUCCUAACGACAAAACUUCUAACCCUCGCUCCCUUGGCCAUCCCUGCUCUAGUCCCAGCCUCCUGGGGCACCGUCCACCGUGACCCCCGCGAUGCGUACCCCAACAUCACCAAACUCUUCAACGUCAUUUCCGGUGUGAGCGCACUCCUCCAGGCCAAAUCCACCGUCUCAGCUCUACUGUACAACCUCCCGGGCUCGUACAAGCACCGCCACAGCAUCAAAUUCCCAUUCGACACCGAGAAGCGGUCGAAAUGGGAGCGCACCGCAACCGCCGUGGAAAAGGUCCUGGAUGCCCUGACCGACCACCCCGUCGUGGCCGCUGCGGGGAAGGAUGUGUUUCUCUCCGCGCUGAGCUUGGGUCUCUGGGCGGCUGUUCGCUCAACAGACGUCAGGAACAUGCUCCGCUCUCUCUACCCUGCUUUAUCAUCCCGCCAACCUUCCUCUUCCUCUGCCAACGAAGACGUUAAGCAGGACGGUGAUGAAUCCACCAUCAAAGUCGAGCCCCUACCCGAAGAGGACGAGACGACGUCCACCUCCCCCCCGCCACUCUCCAUGAACCUGCGCCGCCGCAACCGCAAGAACAAAGCGAGCAUCUCUAGUAUCGAUGACCUGUCUUCUCAACAGAGCCAAUCGGCUCCUACCACCAAACGCCGCGGCCGAGGACGCAAGGCCAAGCAUGAACCUGAGCCCGAGCCCGGGCAUGAGCCCGAAGCUGAAGCUGAAACAGCAGAAACAGAACGCGAGAUCAAGCAAGAGCGCCAUGUUUCUCCCGAAGACAAGACAUACCAACCAACACCUGCGGUGAAGGCGGCUGCCCGGCUCGGUGAUGUCGUGCCGGAGGGCGAUUUCGACUGGGAGCCGGCUGCGUUGGCUUGGGGGUUGACCGCGUUUGGGGGGCUUGGACUGGGGAGUGCGGCUGUUUUUGGGGCGGAGUGUCUUGCCCGGUGA